AUGUCUGUACCAGGAGCAAUAGUAGAAGAUUCUAAUAAUAUAUUCGAAAGUCAUAGAAUAUGGCAAGCCACUUAUCCUAAUUCAAAUUUAACUGAAGUGUCGUUGACUGAGAGAGACAGUCUAUUUGAUAAUGACGAGUUUAAAUUAGUUGACGACUUCGAUCUGCAUUAUCAACAUUUUAUGAGUGACACUACUACAUCGAACGGGAAAAGCUCGACAGAAAGUACAAUAAGGAAACGGGAUCGAAUUACUUUAAGACUCAAAGAGUUCAAGGAUAAAGUAAUCGGAAACUUCCGACGUAUUAAAGAAGAUAAGACACGUAAACAUUCUGGGAUAAAAAACACAACCUCCCAGAAUAUGAAUAUUAAAAACUAUAAAACUGAUAUAGACAAAUAUGAGGAUCUAUUUAGUGACACUGACAAUAUGAAUGUUCCUAUAAGAACAGAUGCAUAUCAAUGCCCCCAAGAUAUAAAUAUGCUUCAAGAACUCUCGCCAAAGCCAAUGGAAAAUGUAGAAUUGCUUGAAACUUAA